AUGGCUAACAGCCGUGAGAGGGACAUGGCCUGCUUGUCUGGUGAUUCUUAUCCACCAACCACAGCCCUGUGUGUGCACAACUGUCCUUUCCACCGGUUACAGGCUUUCCAUAUAUACCAGUCACAGGUCAAGGUUACAAAUGAAUUCCAAACCUGGCGGUGUGUCGAUCACAGGCUUUCCCCCCCUGAUUCUCAGGGUGAAGUGCGCCACCUUCUGUUGGAAGUGAGGAUAGCUGCAGCUGUGCAGGGUCGUCUGAAAUACUUCUUUGCUGCGCAGUCCUCCGGUGCCAACGUAAGGUGCCAGGAGGGAUUGGCUGGAACACACUUGCCUCAGCCUGUCCGCGAAGUGCUCAAAGCAGCCAGACUUAUGAGGACAGUCAGGCUGGUCUCCACAAGAGGGGCUGCUCAGUUGACGGCUCUCAGGAAGUCACCCAGCACUUCUUCUGCAGCUCAAGACUCAGUCAACUCAAUCAGCCCAUGCUCGGCGCUGUACCCGACUACGGUGUUAGGGGAGAAGAGCAAGACACAGCCCCUGUCCCUCCAUUCAGUUACAGGGAUGAUACCAUGGUGUGCAUGCAUUGGCCAGAGGACAGUUUGUAGAAGUCAAAUCUCUCCUUCCCACCAUGCGGGUUCAGGGUCCUCCGCAUAUCCGGAGUCAGCAUUGUGACGUCUAAACAGAAACUGGCCCACUUGUCCUGUCUCCUUCACUGUGCACGGUGUAUGUGAAAACAUCGUUCCAUUUUGUUUAACACAUGCAGAGCUUGAUGCUAUGGGUCUUGGAAUCCGAUCCCCAUGGAUACCAAAUGAUUAAAGGUCUUUAAGAAGCUGUAUUUUGAGAA